GGCAGCUGCUCCCUCCCUACCGACACGAGGAGAUGGUGUUUGAAGAUUGAAGCUUCAAACCUAUAACAAAACUCAUGGAGUGAGACCUAUUCUCAACAGAGAAAAAUCCUUCGAGUUUACUGGAAGAUGAAAUAAAUAAAUGUAAAGGGACCUCUCCCAGACUGACAAACCCCAGCACGGAGGUCCAAGUUGCAUGACAUUCACUCCAAUGAGCAAUUUGGUUCAUAUGUCUGACAUUGAACUCCUAAAAGAGUUAUUCUCUUCUGAAUUUUAUAAUAAGAGGUUAUAAGGUAGAAGAAAACAUUCAAGGAUAUUCUGAAAAUCUCCUUGCAACAAGUGCAACAUCUCUGCAUGAACACUCCAAAUGAAGAAAUAUUGGGGAUGACAUUAAAAACCUGACAUCAAUUCACCAAGAAGGCACAGAAGCCCUGUAUAGACAACAGAAAAAAUGCACCGUAUGUAAACUACCACCAUCCUGUACCAUCAACCAUCUGCCCCAAUUGUGGUAGAAUAUGUGGAUCUCACAAUGGUGUCAUCAAUCUUCAGCAGUCCAUACAGCAUAUUCCUGUGUGUUCUCUGGGAUCAUAACACCCAAGCUGUCAGAUGCUUUCUCUGCAGAUACCUUGACAUUUGCUCACAUGAAUUGAAGAAGCAAUGAACCAUACAACAACUUGGAUUAUCUACCUUUGGAUGACAGUUGUGAUUCAUUUAAUCAAAGGGAACCUUGCUCACAAUCAAGCAGAUGACUUAUGCCCUACCAUUCAGACAGAGGGACUGCAUCAUGACCUUUCAGGGUUCGACCUGCUGCAGAGAUUUUCAUUGGCACGCUUGUCAACAAGAAGCAAAACCUCCCAACGCUUACCGUUUAUCAGAAUGGGAAGAAAACUGUCAAUUAGACAAACACAGCAGAUCUUUCCAAAUGGGUUACCAGAAGAAUUUUCCUUUAUUACCAUGUUCCGCCUGAAGAGAAACAGCAAAAAGGAGAUCUGGCAUUUGUUGAAAAUUACUGAUCAGUCAGAUGAUGUGCAGGUCUCCAUUAUUGUUGACGGAAGUCGGAAGAUGGUGGAAUACAGUGCUAAAAGCCAAUCUGGAAAUAUCAUGCAUGUCAUGUUCAGGAAGAGGGAACUAUUCUCUCUGUUUGACAGGCAGUGGCACAAGCUGGCAAUUAAUGUGAAGUCUGGGUUGGUGUCACUUUACAAGGACUGUGAACUGGUCGACAGCAAACCAAGUGAAGACCUAGAGAAGAUUGAUGUCCACGGGAAAACUGCAAUUGGUCUUCAUGUCAGUGAUGAGAAUCCUGUUGAUUUUGACCUUCAAGAGAUAAUGAUUUACUGCAACCCUCGGCUGGCAGAACUGGAAAACUGCUGUGAAAUUCCGGGUGCCCUAUGCUCAGCAGAGGAUGUUUUUUAUACAGCUCUGGUGGCAUCAGAGGACUUUGGGAGGCGGCCAUCUCUUCAAUCAAACCCAAGAAGUGGGAGUCGGAAGAGCAUAUCUUGGAGUGUUCCUCAAAAGGGUGAUAAAGGUGACUCCGGUCCUGCUGGUGAAAAGGGUGAGAAAGGGGACCUCGGAGAAGUUGGCCCACGAGGUCUACCUGGAACAGAUGGUUUAAAAGGUGACUCUGGUGACAUGGGUCCAGCUGGCGUAAAAGGUGAAAAAGGUGAUAUGGGUCCACCUGGUCCACCUGGAGUAUAUAUUAAAGGAGCAAAGGGCGAACCAGGGGAACCUGGUGCCAGAGGCCUUCCAGGAAUGCAAGGAGAAAGGGGUUUCGAAGGACCCCAAGGCCUUCCAGGGCAAGCAGGAAUAGAAGGCCAAAGGGGAAAGCGAGGUAGAAGAGGCCCUACUGGAAAGCCAGGACCCCCUGGACCACCUGGUCCUGUUGGACCUCCUGGAAAUCCAGGAUUGUCUGGAAAACUCGGACCUCAGGGUUUGCCUGGGGAAACAGGUCUCAAUGGGAAGUCAGGAAUGCCAGGGCCUCAGGGUCCACCUGGAAAAGAUGGCAUUCCUGGUAAACCAGGGUUAAAGGGUGAUCCUGGAGUUCCAGGAAAAGAUGGGCUACUAGGAAGUCCUGGUGAAAAGGGAGAACCAGGAGAAAAGGGAGAAACUGGACCCCAGGGGGAAAAGGGUUCCAGAGGAGAUCCUGGGCACUCAGGAAAGGAUGGAAUAAAAGGAGAGAAAGGAGAACCUGGGCAAGGCCCAGGUGGGGAAAAAGGAGAGAAAGGAUCGAAGGGUGACCCUGGAUUGAUGGGACCCCCUGGACCACCAGGACUGGGAUUGGCUUCAGGAUAUUCCUUGCAGCAGUAUGGAAUUGCGGGUUUGGUGCUGUGCCUCCUGCUGUUCGUUAUUUAUAUUAUUGAUUUGAGUGUGAAAUAG